UAAAGCAGCUGGUACAAGAAACCCUAAAAUGUAUUUGGAAGAAUUUUCAGAAACUGAAAUUGGAGAGGCCUUAGAUUUGUUGGACUCUUCUAAAGAUAAUGGAGCUGCAAUUCAUCUCUACUCUAGAAGACCUAAUGCUCAUGGAGGUCAUCUUCUUUCAAGACCUCUUCAGCCCCUCUUGAAUAGAAGCCAAAAGUUCACCGGACAUCUUCGGCCUUCACCGUUAGAGGAGUGGGAAGACAAGGAAAAUAGGAGCAUGCCCAAUUCUGCUACAACUGCUAAUCUUCAAAGUCUCACCCGUAAAACUAAAACCACCGACAAGAGAGACCGUGCUACUGUUGAACAGGAUAUUGAUCCAAGAACUCGUAUGGUGUUGUUCAAAAUGCUGAAUCCUGGUAUAUUUGACCUAAAUGGCUGCAUUUCUACUGGGAAAGAAGCCAAUGUUUAUCAUGCGACAAAAGAUGAUGGUCAAGAAUUUGCAGUAAAGGUCUAUAAAACUUCAGUUCCAGCAUUCAAGGAUGGGGAUCGUUAUAUACAAGGGGAUUAUUGUUUUCGGCGUGGAUACUUGAAGCACAAUCCCAGGCAAAUGCCUAAGACUUGGGCAGAAAAUGAAAUGAGGAACCUUAUGAGGCUAAAGGCAGCAGGGAUCAGGUGCCCAACUCCAAUAUUUUUGAGGCUUCAUGUUUUGGUUAUCGAAUUUAUAGGAAAAUCAGGGAGAGCUGCUCCUUGUCUCAAGGAUGCAAAUCUAUCUGAAGACAAGAUGGGUGAAUGCUAUGUACAGAUGAUUAUGGUGAUGCGAAAUUUAUACCAAAAGUGCAACCUGAUGCAUGGAGACUUGAGCGAGUAUAGUAUACUCUAUUACGAGGGUAGCUUGCACGUUAUUGAUGUUUCCGAAUCUGUGGACCUUGACCACCCUCUUGCCUCAUACUUCUUACGUUUAGAUUGCAAACACGUUUCUGAUUUUUUCAGAAAGAAUGGUGUCAAAGUUUUGAGCGCACGAGAACUGUUCGAUUUUAUAGUAGAUUCAUCUAUUACUGAUGAAUCUGUGCAUUCUUAUUUAGAAGAGGUUCAACGGGAAAUUUUGGUUUGGAGAGAUGCGAUGUCCAGGCUGAUCUCUGUGGAGUCGGACAUUCUAUGGGGCCCGGACACCGUAGGUUUGCUUUAUCUUUCCCCAGCUCCAAAACAGUUAUCAAAUGAUACCUCUACUGGACAGACGAACAACUUCGGAACCGAAUCUGGAACAGAUGAACAUGACAAGGAGGAGGAGAACAAUGAUGAUGAUUCAGAAGGAUUAGAGCCAUAUGAUACUAGGAAGGAGGGUACAAGGGAGACAGUAAUCCCUGCAGAUAAAAAAGCAGCUCGAAAAGAGAACAAGAAGAAAGUGAAAGAAUAG